AAGCAUCUGUAGUGACUUGCGUAGCUUUUGUUGCUUUAACCUUGUCAAGUUAAUUCUUCCUUGUAAACAUGACUGGUUGUGUUGGAUGUGCCGAAAUUGGACAAGCCGUCACCCGACGGAAAAAUGUAGACGAUGAUACUGUUGGUGAAAGUAAACUCGCCAGAGUUCUCACUGUUUUCGAUCUAACUGCACUUGGCGUUGGAGCUACUUUGGGUGCUGGUGUUUAUAUUCUUACCGGAUCUGUGGCAAAAGAGAUUUCCGGACCCAGUGUUGUAAUUUCAUUCUUAAUUGCCGCUAUUACCUCAAUUCUUUCAGGUCUUUGUUAUGCCGAGUUUGGUGCUCGCGUUCCAAAGGCUGGAUCUGGAUACGUUUACAGCUACGUGACGGUUGGAGAGUGUUGUGCUUUUGUUAUCGGAUGGAAUCUCAUACUUUCAUACGUUAUAGGAGCUGCGAGUGUUGCUCGAGCCUGGACUGGAAACUUUGACGCUUUGAUUGAUAAUAAAAUCAAGACUUACAUGUUAGAAUGUUGUUCUAUGGAUGUACCUGGCCUGGCCGAGUACCCGGAUCUAUUCUCGUUUGUAAUCGUGAUGAUUUUAACAGCUCUGAUCGCGUUUGGUGUAAAAGAGUUCGCGAUGGUGAAUAAAAUAUUUACUGUCCUUAACAUCGGUGUGAUUUUAUUCGUGGUAAUUGCUGGUAUGACCAAAGCCGACUUUCACAACUGGGCGUGGACAUUUGAGGAAAUACAGGAAUACGUUCUCUCAACAAACUCGAGCCCAAUGACAAACUUCACCACUGUCGUAAAUGAAGUUUUAGCCAAUGUAACUUACGCACCAUCGUUAAAUGGCACAAAUGGAGCCACCAUGGCACAGCUUGCUAUUGACUGGGCACCUUAUGGAAAUGGUGGUUUUCUACCGUUCGGUUUCUUCGGUUUGAUUUCGGGAACUGCAACUUGCUUUUACGCUUUCGUUGGCUUCGACUGUAUCGCUACAACUGGGGAAGAAGCGAUCAACCCACAAAAAUCAAUACCGAUGGGCAUUGUCCUUUCCUUAGCUGUAUGCUGUAUCGCCUACCUGGCUAUCUCCGCAACAUUAACACUUAUGCAGCCUUACUUUUUACUGGACACUCUAGCGCCUUUGCCAGUCGCUUUUGAAAAAGUCGGAAUGGCUUGGGCAAGUUACCCUGUUGCUGUUGGUGCCAUAUGCGCACUGUCUACCAGUCUUUUGGGUGCUAUGUUUCCAAUGCCACGUAUUAUAUACGCGAUGGCAAUCGACGGCCUACUGUUCAAAUUUCUUGCUAAAGUUCACGACAAAACAAAGACCCCUCUCAUUGCAACGUUUUUAUCAGGAACAUUUGCAGGUAUCAUGGCCAUUUUCUUUGACUUGAAAGAAUUAGUUGACUUAAUGUCAAUUGGGACCCUGGCUGCCUAUACGCUGGUAGCUACAUCUGUUAUGUUACUCAGGUACCAGCCAGAUGCGGUUCCUGUAGCAGAAGAAGACUUCGACCUAAAAAAAGACGAUCUCACGCCGAUUCGUACCGAGGCCCGAACCGAAUCCUUUGAGUUUGUAAUGCUGGUCCGACCAAAGUCGUCUUUUCCAACGCCUAUCAUUUCUAAAAUAGUAAACUGGUGCACUGUGAUUUCCGCUCUUAGCAUGGCUCUAUUCAGUAUAACUAUUGCCCUUAUUACUCAAUUUGGUUGGAAUUUUAUUUUCAUCAUUUUUAUUGUCAUCUUCAUAUUGGGAUCUAUUGCACCUAUCGUUGUUAUUGCUCUUCAACCACAGAGUGGAAAGGAGUUGUCUUUCUCGGUACCUCUUGUUCCAUUGGUUCCUGCACUCAACAUGUUCGUGAACAUUUUCCUCAUGAUUUCGUUGCCCCCUUCAACUUGGUACAAGAUGGUGAUCUGGAUGGUUUUAGGGGCUUUGAUUUACCUGUUCUAUGGUGUGAGACACAGCGAGGAACAUCCUGCAAACAAAAUGGUUACUAACAAGAACGGUGCGAGAGACAAAGAGAUGCAGCCUAUGGACAACAGAGCAGAUGGAGAAGGCGCUCUGCUAGAGAGCGAGCAAGUUUAAAUGUUAACACAGUGAUAAGACAGAGGCGAACGGCGUGGCGACAGUCGUGUGACGAUCAGAGAUCAGCAUGACACUGCGCUCCGAGCGAAUGCCUUUUGAAAUACCUUACCUGGAAAACAAGUAAAAAUGCCCAAAGUUCUUUUUAUGUAAAAAAGUUUUUCUUUUCUAGUCACGGCUUGUAGUGAGUGCCUAUAAUGUGUACAGCGCCAUUUGGUUAGUUGUUUUGUUGUGCCGCUAUUUUUACCCGUUCUCUGCUUAACUUAUUCUGUGCCCUUUUUUUGCUGCUUCAUUUUUUUCACUCCGAUGCUAGUGGGUUAUCGUAAUUUGUUUAUUAUGUUCGAACGGCCAAACUUCUCGAGAUAUAAUUUUGUUUUGCGAUUGGAACUGGUGUUUACCUCUUGUAUUGGUAUUGCUAGAAAUAGUGCUACCGUAUAUGGUAGAGUAUCUGGUUCUCUUGUUAUAAUAAAAUUGAGACCUCACUGUA